UUGAUAAGAUCACCAAUCGAUUAUUCAUUUCUCAUCCAUCUCGGCUCCGAUGGGUUCCACCACCACCAAAGAAAUCGCCGCAGAGAUCCCCAAUCUCAUCAAGCACUACAAAGAUGGCACAGUAGAACGCCUCUUCGGCUCUCCACACGUUCCCCCAUCUCUUAACGACCCCGAUACUGGUGUCUCCUCCAAAGACAUCACCAUCUCACACAAUCCCUUAAUCUCCGCUCGCCUCUACCUCCCUCAAAACCAAACCAAAAAGCUUCCCAUCUUGCUCUACUUCCACGGCGGCGGUUUCUGCGUCGAGUCCGCCUUCUCCUCCCUCGACCACCGCUACCUCAACCGCCUGGUCUCGGAAGCUCAAGUCAUUGCUGUCUCAGUAGAGUACAGGCUGGCCCCGGAAAGCCCUCUUCCUGCUGCUUAUGAAGAUUGCUGGGCCGCUCUUCAGUGGGUUGCUUCUCACUCACUCAAUGAAGAUGAUACUUCUCACAAAGAGCCGUGGCUAGCCGAUUUCGGGGACUUUGAUAGAGUUUACAUUGGUGGAGACAGUGCUGGAGGGAACCUUGCACAUAACAUAGCUAUGAGAGCAGGGAUUGAGAGCUUACCUGGUGGGGUGAAGAUUUUGGGGGCUAUUCUGUCCCACCCGUACUUUUGGGGGUCCAAGCCAAUCGGGUCGGAGCCUAAAGGUGAAGACAAUGACAAGUCCCUGCCUUAUCUGGUUUGGAACUUUGCUUAUCCUUCUGCUGAUGGAGGCAUUGACAAUCCGUUGAUUAAUCCGAUGGUUUCGGGUGCUCCGAGUUUGGCCGGGCUUGGGUGCUCUAGACUUCUUGUCUGUGUUGCUGGCAAGGAUGAGCUAAGGGAUCGAAGCGUCUGGUAUUAUAAUUUGGUGAAGGAAAGUGGAUGGAAAGGAGAAGUGGAGCUGUUUGAAGUGGAAGGAGAGGAGCAUUGCUUUCAUAUCUUGUAUGAGAAAGAGACUGAGAAUGUAAAGAAAAUGAUCAAACGGUUAGCUGAUUUUCUAGUUCAGUAGAUCCAGGUUUUUAUGCAUACUAGAUUAUUUGGUAUGUUUGACUGUUGAGAGGAAGCUGCUUUGGGAUUAUCUCUCAGUUGAUUUUUAUAUGAAGUAAUAAUUUAGGCAAUUAUAUGCAUUUCAUA